AUGGGUGAGUCUAAUAAUUACAGUUUUCUUUCAGAGAACAAUAAAAGUGCAUCAUUACCCAAACCUUCGUCUCAUCACACAACUAAUCAAAGUUAUUGUGCCUCGAAUGAAGAUUUUACUGCAUCAGAUUUAAAAGUCAAGAGGGACCUGGUUUUGCAGCGUACUCUGGAGAAGAAUGUAAUUCGUAACAAUUUCACUAAUAAUGUGAUCAAACGGGAUGUUCCAGAGCUCACACAAGGAAGAAGGGGCGAUUUGCCAACAGAAUCUGAGCUCAAUGAACGCGUCCAAACAAACUGUAACCGACUUAAUGAAACUCAGAGUACCGAGGAAAGUGAAGAGUCGUUGUAUGCUAAUGCUGAUGAGACCAGGAGCAUUUUCAGUGCGGCUCAUAAACGGGAACUGUCACAUAUGUACAAAAGUCUACCCCCUGAAAGAAUCAUUCGAACCCCUGGUGAAUUUACAUCCGGCAAAGGGGAGAACGUGGAUAAAAACAAUACUUUCCCGGAUGAGGAUUGUAUUAAAUUCGGAAUUCCAGCGAAAAGACUGGAAAAUAUUCGUAGAUCUUUGGGUAGGAGCACCUCGCAAGAGAUGGUGAAGCAGACUAAAUACGAUAAAGUCGAGGAGAUUUCUAGAACAGCGGAUUCCGAGGAUGAGGCAGUUUAUGCUAACACAACCGAAAGGUACUCCACGUUUAGGACCACGCCAAAAUCGGAAUUGGGAGUCGAAAGAAGUAAGGAGAAAUGUUCCAGUCCAAAGUUUGUUAAUGUUGAGGUGGCCCGUUCCCCAGUUCUACCCGAGAAAAAACUGUCCCCCUACUUUGUAUCGAAGAAUAACGUUGGAAGUAAUAUUCCGCAAAUUAGUUCAACAAAAACAGAAAUUUCAUCCAAUGCUCAGCCCAAACAGGAUUUUGCAGCUAUAAUAGAAGAGUGUAUUCAGUUGGGAAUGCCCAAAAGAAAAGAAUUUUCCAGAGAGACAUUGAACUCUAAUUUAUCGUUAUCUUCAACGAAUUCUAGGUGUAAUUCCGUGACAAGGUGUACAGAAUAUUUGCCAAAGAGUACUUUGGAAUCCAACAGGAGUGCAACAUUGCCUAAAGGUUCCACGCAUUUCUCAACUUCCUACAAUCAUUAUUCCUCAAAUGAAGAUUUCAGUAGGGCAAUUUCACAGAGGAAAAAUUCCUGUGGAACUUUUGGACAGGAUAAAAACCAGUUGAAUAUAACGAAGAAGGAACCAGACAGGAUGUCAAAUUCACAAAUUAGUUCUAGGUCGUCUUCUCAGAAGGACAGUUCUCCUUAUAACAUUCGAACAGUACAAUUGCCCCAAGUAAACACGAAUAUGACUGAUAAAUCUGAUAUCUCGUAUGGAGAAGAAGAACCGGAAGAAUCGCUUUAUGUCAACGUCAGUAAGCACGAAGCAUACUCAAGAUGUACAAAUAGACGAAAUACCACACAGGAACCUAAAAAUUUGCCAACGAAGAACACCUCAACCUACAACACGAGAGAUCCCAACAUUAAGGAGCCAAACUAUUCCGCCCUUGUCGAGGAAUGUAUUAAAUUAGGUAUGCCAUCCAAGAACAUAGGUGAGGUGCAGAAAUAUCUGAAGAAAUUUGUUCCGCUGGUUCAAGAUCAAAACGAAAGGCCCGAUGUGUUUGAUUCUCCUGAUGACACCGAGGAACAAAUUUAUGCAAAUACAUCUGAUAUAUUUACUGCUGUCAAAGGGUCCCCCUCAGAAUCGGUGCUAAACAGAAUUCCCAGAGCAAAGGGGCCUUAUAAUUCGAAAAAAAAUAUUGAUGAAUUGGAAAAAGAAAAAGUAAUCGCUUCUUCUAAUACAAUAGAAAAAGCGCUAGAAGAGUGCAUUCAACUGGGGUGGCCUAAAAAGAGAGAUCUUGGGAAGGAUCCUUCUCCAAAAUUUUCCAUUACGACUUCCGCUGAUGCAUCGAUUAAAAAAACUGAAAAAUCAGUGUCAAAAAACGUAAAUGUUGCGUCUGUUGUCAGGAACAUGCAAAGACAACAUCUCGCGUGUUCCAAAGUUCCAUCAAUGACAACAGGCGCAAGGGACGACUCAGAACAUCAAAACGUGUCCACGACAGACGUAGAAGAGACAUUAACAUCAGACAAGCUGAAGAAUGGAUUUGAUGCGACUAAUUCAGAAUCAGAAUGUUCGUCGACCAGCGCGAACGAAUUUCUCUGUUCUGACGAUAAUCAGGCAGAGUCCGAAAUGAGCUUCUCAAGUUUAGCUGAUGUUGAUGUGAAAUUGUUAGAUCCGCAUCUGGUGCUUCAAUCUCUCGAACAAUAUACUGCCCAAUUGAUUUCUGAAGCGGAACUGAGGCUAAAUUCGAAAGAAAGCUGAGCUAACUGGAGAAACACUGCCGGAAAGUUUUUCUGGAGCUGAAAUUGUUUCUAUGUUGCAUAUAGAUACUGUUCAGUGAAAUAUUUUUGAAAAGUUUGUUAUGAUUUGUAUAUCUGUUGAUUUCGUUGGAAUAAGAAAAUAAAGAUAUUUUUGUAGUUCAGA